AUGUUCUUACACACAAUAAAGCAACGUGAUAUUUUUACUUUGAUAAUCAUAUUUUUUGUGGAAAUAACAAUGGGAAUCUUAGGAAAUGGAUUCAUAGCACUAGUGAAUAUUGUGGACUGGAUCAAGAGAAGAAGGAUUUCUUCAGUGGAUAAGAUUCUCACUACCUUGGCCCUUACCAGACUCAUUUAUGCGUGGUCUAUGCUCAUUUUUAUAUUGUUAUUCAUACUGGGCCCGCAUUUGAUUAUGAGAUCAGAAAUACUUACAUCAAUGGGUGUUAUCUGGGUGGUGAACAAUCACUUCAGCAUCUGGCUUGCUACAUGCCUCGGUGUCUUUUAUUUUCUCAAGAUAGCCAAUUUUUCUAACUCUUUGUUUCUUUACCUAAAGUGGAGAGUUAAAAAAGUGGUUUUAAUGAUAAUAGUAGUGUCAUUGAUUUUCUUGAUAUUAAACAUUUUUUCAUUAGAGAUUUAUGAUCAUUUCUCAAUUGAUGUUUAUGAAGGAAAUAUGUCUUAUAGCUUGGGGGAUUCAACACAUUUUCCCAGAAUUUUCUUAUUCGCAAACUCAUCUAAGGUCUUCUUAAUCACCAAUUCAUCCCAGGUUUUCUUACCCAUCAACUCACUCUUCAUGCUCAUACCCUUCACAGUUUCCCUGGUAGCUUUUUUCAUGCUUAUCUUCUCACUGUGGAAGCAUCACAAGAAGAUGGAGGUCAAUGCCAAAGGACCCAGAGAUGCCAACACCACGGCCCACAUUAAAGCUUUACAAACUGGGCUCUCCUUCCUGCUGCUGUAUGCAAUAUACUUACUUUUUAUUGUCAUAGGAAUUUUGAGUCAUAAAUUUAUGGGGGGGAAAUUGAUACUCAUAUUUGACCACAUUUGUGCAAUAGUUUUUCCUAUAAGCCACUCAUUUGUGCUGAUUCUGGGAAAUAGUAAACUGAGACGAAGCACUCUUUCUGUGCUGCGUUUUCUGAGGUGCCGAUCCAAGCAUAUACACAUCAUGGAUCCCUAA